CCCCUCGAUACCAGACGACAACGAUUGCGGAGGAUUCCGUUCAACACGCUGCAUUCGCGAUUGCAACUCCCGCAGUUGUCCAUAGCGACACCUAAUACCCCCUUCCCCGUGCCACUCGUGCGCGCAUACCCACAGGACAAACACGCCACCAACCCCGACAUCUCUCCCUUGGAGUCCAUCGCCAUGGAUCUCCUCCGCCGAGCCGGGAGAUUCGUUCCCGCCCGGAGGCGUCCCCAACUGCCACUCAUGGACGAGAAAAAGAGGAACAAGCCGCGGAGGACAAUAGAGUCGCGCCUCGCCUACCUUAGGAGGCCGCUGAGGUUAAGAGGCAACUCGAGCAUCUCGGUGCCUCUUGGCAUCGUCGUUCUCUUCCCCUGCAUUGUUGUCAUCUUGAUACUGGUGCUCUUUGUCAAGCACCCCAGCUCUCCUGGGCACAUACUCAUGCCCGCCGGUGCCCCGCCUGCUAUAAGAAAGAUCAGUGAAAAGUACGACUCGGUCUUUGUCACGGGCUGCGAUGUGCCAGACCCGACUAAGCCAAAAGCCAACGCGGCCUUUGUCGUGCUCGCGCGGAACUCGGAAUUAGAAGGCGUGAUACAGUCCAUCAAGUCGAUCGAGCGCCACUUUAACCGAUGGUACCACUACCCAUACGUAUUUCUCAACGAUGGCGACUUCAACUCGACCUUCAAGGAGACCGUCAAGAACUACACGUCGUCGUCUGUCGAGUUCGGCAAGGUUGGACCCGAGAUGUGGGGCUUCCCUGACUGGGUCGACCCCAAGGUUGCCAAGGAGGGCAUUGCCAAGCAGGGAGACGCCGCCGUCAUGUACGGCGGGAUGGAGAGCUACCAUGCCAUGUGUCGCUUUUACUCGGGCUUCUUCUUCAAGCACGAGCUUCUGCAAAAGUACGAAUGGUACUGGCGCUUGGAGCCCGAGAUCAAGUACUUCUGCGACAUUACAUACGACCCCUUCAUGGCCAUGAUCGAAAGAAACAAGACGUAUGGGUUUACCAUCGCCGUCAAGGAACUGCGCGAGACUGUUCCCAACAUCUUCCGCUACGCAUCGGCGUACAAGCGCAUGAACAACCUGACUUCCAAGGGCUUGUGGGAGAUGUUUGUCGAGCCGCAGCCGGACAAGGAGCCCGAGGUGCCCGAGGACGACCCCAACUACAAGGCGCCCCUGCCCGAAGAGAUUCUGCGCAGUGAGCCAGGCCGCAACGGCCUGCCCGAAAUCGACUACGAGGCCAUGGAGGGCGAGAAGUACAACAUGUGCCAUUUCUGGUCCAACUUUGAAAUUGCCCGCCUUGACUUCUUCCGGAGCAAGGAAUACGAGGAUUUCUUCCAGGUCAUGGACCGCAGCGGCGGUUUUUGGAUGGAGCGGUGGGGCGACGCACCCAUCCACUCCCUCGCCGCCGGCGCUCUCCUCUCGCCCCGCGACAUUCACUACUUCCGCGAUUUUGGCUAUCGUCACACCACAAUCCAGCACUGUCCGGCCAACGCGCCGGCACUCCAGCUCCCGCGCGAUCCAUACCUAGAAAAAACAACGCUAGAUGAGCGCAAGCGACACGACGAGGACAAGUACUGGGACGAGUUCGACACGCCCAAGGAGAACGGCGUCGGCUGCCGCUGCCGCUGCGACACAGACAUUGUCGACGUCGAGGGCAAGGAGGGCAGCUGCCUGGCCGAGUGGGUCGACGUGGCGGGCGGAUGGGCCACGCCAUAACAAACCGGCCUCCGACGGCCCGGCCUGGCCUGACCCACAGCUAUAUCGUACCGCUGCUAUCACGACGCGCCCACGAGUCCACGUCUAUCUCUUCCGCUCUGUCUCCGACGGCCCGGCCUAGCCUGACCCACAGCUAUAUCGCGCCGCUGCUAUCACGAC